GAUGAGUGAAUGUCUUCGGAAAAUGUGUGCGGAAAGAAACAUUUACAGUCAUUAUGGCUAUUUAAAAAUGAAGUAUGGCGGUGUUAGGAGCAGUAUGAACUCACCAGCUCUGUUACUGUUUGUGUUUCUAUCAGGGGCUUUGCUGACUUACCUAGUAACACUCGUGCCAUGGGCAGAAAUAUUGGGAGGGAAACGUCAGGAAAUGACAGCCGGUGACAGAGGAUACCACGAGACAUCUGUCAUGUUGCGGGGUAGACAACAACACCCUGUCAACUCAGAUUUGAAAGCAGAAGCCCUAGCAGCCUUGAAUUUAGCCCUGGAUAUGCAGGCUCAGGGAAAGAAGGAGAAGGCAUUGAAAUUAUUUCAACAUGCACUUGUUUUGGAUCCUUCUCAUGCAGAUAUUUUAAUAGAAUAUGGUGAAUUUUUAGAAAAGCAUGAGCGCGAUGUUUUAACUGCAGAUCAUUUAUACAGGAAAGCUCUAAUUGUAAGCCCUGGUCACAGCCGUGCUCUGGCCAAUAGGCAGAGGACCCAGCCUCUGGUGGAGGAAAUUGACCAAACCAAGUUUAACAGAAUUGACAAGAAGAGAGACAUGCUGUAUAAGGUGCCAGGAAAUCAUCCGGGCCUAAGGAGAAUGAAAAAAGAGGCAUACUUCAUGAAUAUAUAUCACAGUAAUGCCAUUGAAGGGAAUACAUUAACACUGGCCCAGACACGAUCUAUAAUAGAGACGAAAAUAGCAGUAGGUGGUAAGAGUCUUGUUGAACAGAAUGAAGUGCUAGGACUGCAUGCAGCUCUUUCGUAUAUCAACAGCACCCUAAUACACAGAGUAGGAGAGAUAACUCUGACUGAUAUUCUGGAAAUUCACAAGAGAGUUCUAGGAUUUGUGGACCUGGAAGAGGCUGGAAGGUUCAGGACAUCACAAGUGUACGUUGGUGAUUACCAGCCCCCAGGCCCUCUGGAGCUGAAUCAUUUAAUGGAGGAAUUUAUGGAAUGGUUAAACUCUGACGAGGCUUUAAAACUUCAUCCUAUAGAGUACGCUGCAUUGGCCCAUUACAAACUUGUCAUCAUUCAUCCAUUUUUUGAUGGCAAUGGAAGGACUUCCAGACUUCUUAUGAAUCUCAUUCUAAUGCAGGCUGGAUUCCCUGCUGUUACUAUUCGUGUGGAAGACCGGCUACGAUAUUAUGAAACCCUGAAUAUAGCCAAUAAUGGUGAUGUUCGGCCAUUUAUAAGAUUUAUCGCAGAAUGUGCAGAGACCAUGCUGGAUCAGUUCUUGUACUCCACUGUGGAGAAUCCUAAGGAGAAUUUUCCUCAGUUAUCAAACAGUAAUCGCUCUGGGGAUAGGGUUAUAACUAUAGAAAGUUCUCCUUAGCUUAGCCCAUUUUUUUUCAUGUUUUCUGUGUUGUUUUGAGAUUAAAUGUGUGAAUCUGUGAAUGAGUUUAAUAGUGAUAUUAAAAUGGUGCAAUACUGUGAGUAAUAUAUGUCAUCAUAUAUGUUGAUGACCAUUGUUGUUUUGCCAAAAUCAGAAGUAGGUAGAAAAUGUGAUACUGUAAUAUUGAUGGUUGUUAAAAAUCCAUUGUUAAAUCCUUCAGCUUGUUCUUCAGGUGACGAGUAUUUUAAGAAUUAUUUGCCAGUUGUCAAUGUAGGUUUUCACAUUCACUUUGCAUAGCUUAUGAUUUUGAUUUCUUUUCUCAUAUAUUCUCUAAUUAACAUUGUCAUUAGAGUGUCCUUUUAUUGCAUAAUUUAUGAUAAAACUAUUGUCAUUGUCACAAUAAAGUAAAUGACUGAAUUAUUUAAUGCACAGCUUGGCCAAAGCUUUUCGGACUGAUAUUCUGUGCCAGAUUGCGCUUUAAAUGAAUAGUUAGUGAUAUAAUUUGUUGAGUUCCACACACACACACACACACAUUUGGUGAAUGUUGUUACUUAACCAUGUUCUGCUUUAAUAAGACACCAAAUUAUCAAGUAUCUCUUUGUAUUUCAAGAAUAACCAGAAAACUAAAUGUUAUGACUCCUCACCAUCGCUAAAUUGACUGCUGAACUAAAACUAAAUGCUAUGACCCCUCAUCGUCGCUAAAUUGACUGCUGAGCGUAAUGUGAAGAAGCUGAACAUUUUUCUUUGUAUUAGUUCACUUUUCAGUAUAAUUGAAAAGAUAAUUAUGAAGAAAGGUAAAAUUUACAUACAUCUUGCUGUUUGCUACUGGUAGACCACUUCUUGUUUUGUUAUGUAACAGUCGGUCAUGCACAAAACUUUCCCUCGUGGUAUUUUGUCUUAUUUCCUUCAUCAAGAAAUUCACAAAUGAAGCUUCUUUAUAUAUUGUCUACAUGUAUGUACAACACUGUUUCAGCACACUGUUCAAAAAAUGUCUCCUUGUCUCUGUCUCAGUCAGGAACACUUAAAAACAACAUGCUGUUAAAUCUUGUUGGGGACACCAGAUUAAUACCAGAUUGUGGCUACAUGUGUAGCGAUUACUGUAAAUCUUCAGCAUUUUAUACCACUAAAGUACUUUUAUAAAUAUAAUUUGUAUGUAUCACUAAAGAUGCAGCCUUCAUAAAACUGUGCAAAUUAUUUAUCUACACCCCACAGUGCUCAGAAUGUUUCAAAAUAUUGGUUACUGUGGAGGUUGAAAAGGUUGAAGAAUUAAGGUAUAUACCAAAUUUGUUCAUGCAUGUAUCCUAUCAGUGGUAAACUAACCAUAUUCUCAGUCAGUGAUGUUUGAGUUACAGACACUUUCAUAGGUGCUCUCCAUGUAGGGGUGUUUGUUAAGUUGAGCACGGAUAAUCACAGCACUAAAGCAGCAAUGAGAACCUUGUAUACAUGCAUUCUCAUUAGCCUUUUUAAAAUUAAUACUGAUUGUAUUAACUACCAGUAGUGGUAAACUUCCUCAUACAGCAUUGUUAUCAGUAAAUCCCAUCUGCUCAGUGGUGGACGGAGCUCUGUUAUCUGGAUUGUGCAGAACAAAAUUUAAAUUUAUCAUCAAGAACAGGUGAGAAAAUAACAUGAAAUCAUGUGCUCAGUAUUUGUUAACUGUUCAAGUGCAUUGUUUUAAAAAUAGCUAGUAUUUGAUUCUCAUGGCCAAAAUAUUCAAAUCGGCUCUAUGAAGUGGAUAGGGUAGGGGAGGUGGGGGUGGGGGGUGUCAGAGUUGUCAUGUUUUCACUUUACAUUAGCUUUUUUUUCACUUUCGGUUUGAAUGUUAUUUAAAUAUUCCCAAGCUACGCAAUCACAGAUCUGAAAAAGUGAGCUUUUUUUUCUGUGUUAUCUUCAUACCCUAAAGUGUUUCAUAGUAUUGCAUGUGUCUUAGAAUUUCCUUGUUCAUGUCUUCCUGACAUGAUGUAGGGUUUGCGAUACUGGCAUAGACCUGCUGUGAAGCAUUUUCUACCUCCAUGAUGUUUGUGAAGAUUAAGUGUGUAUUGUGUGACUGAAGGAGGAUGAGCAUUUGUUGUAUGAAUGUCAAACUUUACAAGUACCGUCAUAUUUGUAUACCAGGAAGGAAUAGUCCGGUGAUAUGAGGAAAGUUAGCCUUUGAACUACAUUGUUUGUCUGUGUCUCUGUGCCCUGAUUACGUGUGAACUUCACUGUGGUUAUUGUGACGGGUAAAGUGUUUGCAUUUAUGUUAUGUAUGGAUAAACAAGGUGAUCUGUUUUCUGUAUGUAUGAUUGCCAAACACUAAGCUUUGGUCACUUACACUUUAUACACCUAUAAAUAGUCCUGCUAUGAAAUGUUAUAUAUUACUUGUACAGAGAGGGAUAUUGUAAAUAAAUACAUAUAUUUAUUAUA